AAGAGUGGUCCCCACCUUGAAGUUCUCUCUCUGUUCUGUUCGCUGAAAAUCUUCAUGGUCUUUCAAGAUCCAACGCUGUCCUGAAUCCACCUGUGUUUACUCUGUUUCUACUUCUUAUCAAAUCUCAUUCGCACUCUUAUGAUCUGUUUUUGCUUUUGAAGGUAACCCUCUUUUUUCUCUUCACAAAGCAGAGCUAAUAAAUCACUGAGAUAGCCAAAGGCAAAGGUAAUUGGCAAAGGUGUGUUAUGGCUACAGAGAUCAAAAGCACUAUGAUGAGGGUCAAAUCAAGUACCCCAGAUGUUUCUUCCAAGCCAAAGAUUGAUUCUUUAGCUCUCAAGAAGAAGGUCAUCAGCUCAAGCAAACACCCACCUGUUUCUAAGACGAAAUCUGUCACCACCACUGUCACAAAAUCUGAGGUUAAAUCAAAACCGAUAACACCAUCAUCAGCAUCAUCGAAAACAAUAACAACAUCAUCGAAAACAGUAACAACAUCAUCAGCAUCAUCGAAAAAAAUAACAAAGACAAGUACUUCCAAAGUGAGAGAAAAGAAAGUCUACAGUCUGCCUGGCCAGAAACAUGAUCCUCCGGAACAGAAAGAACCCCUGAGAAUCUUUUAUGAAUCAUUGUCAAAACAGAUACCAACAAGUGAAAUGGCGGAAUUUUGGUUAAUGGAACACGGGUUGCUAUCUCAUGAAAAAGCCAAGAAAGCAUUUGAGAGAAAACAGAGGAAGCAAAAGGAGCUCCGAACAGGAACUCCUGUGAAGAUAUCGAAGCCACCAACCAAGACUGCAACGUCACAGAAACAACAACAACAACAGAUAUCAAAGAACGGAGACAUAAAAGCCAAGAAAAGAAUUAUGAAUGAGAGUGAUGAUGACGACGACGAUUUCAUUUUAAGUCAUAAAAGAAGAAAAUGGUAAGAGGAAGGGAAGACUCAUAAUGUUUAUUCAGAAAAAUAAAAAUAAAAAUAAAGGAAGGACUUUUGUACCUUGUAAGACAACCUACAAAUUCUCAGAUAAAAACAUUCUUCAUGUUUUUAACAUACUCAUACAAUAAUGUACAUGCAAUUUACAUAUGUCUCUCAGAAUCUGCGUUAUGACAAUGGAAAUUGCUUCUCUAUGUUA